UGCCCUCAAAUAAAUAGGAAAGACAGGGCCUGGACAUGGAACCCUGUUGGCCGCUGUCUCUCUGCAGCCAAGGGCACAGUGAGCCAAGCACCGCAGGACCCCCGGCGUACAGUGGAGUGGAGUGGAGUGGAAUACCCCGCCGAUGACCACAGCUCCGAUCCCGCACAGUUCCAAAUCCCAAAACAUUUUAGGACAAACUCUCACAAACUCCCCAGCUUAUUACUCACCUCAAUUCCACAUUAUUCCGACUGUGAAAUAUUCACUUCUGUCUCAUAUUCCAAAAUCUUACAACCUUCACACCUAGGCACUCCACGCAAAAAUGGCGUUCCCUCCACCACCAGUAAACACCAUUGACUGGAGUGACAUUGGCUUCCGUGUGCGUGAAGUCAAUGGCCACAUCGAAUCCCACUACAGCGUCAAGACCGGCGUCUGGUCCAAGCCCGAAUUCAUUACAGACCCUUUCCUCCGCCUCCAUGGCAUGGCGCCCGCCCUCAACUACGGGCAGCAAGCCUACGAAGGAAUGAAAGCCUUCCGCUCGCCCAACAACGAAAUCACAAUCUUCCGCCCAAAUCGAAAUGCCUCCCGCCUCGCACACUCCGCGGCCAUGGUCUCCAUUCCUCCAGUCCCCGAAUCCCUCUUCUCCGAAUGCGUGCACGCAGCGGUUUCACUGAAUGCUGCUUACGUUCCCCCACACGAGACUGGCGCGGCUAUGUACAUCCGCCCAUUGAUCUUUGGCUCGAGUGCACAGUUGGGAUUGAAUCCACCAGAGGAAUACACUUUCUGCGUAUACGUGCUGCCAGUGGGUGUUUACCACGGUGUACACCCCGUCAAAGCGCUCAUUCUUGAGGAUUUCGACCGUGCGGCACCAGAUGGAACAGGCAGCGCAAAGGUUGGAGGAAACUACGCACCAGUAUUGAAGUGGAGCGACAAGGCGAGAAAUGAGGGAUACGGAAUCACAUUGCACUUGGACAGCAAAACCAGAUCUGAAAUCGACGAGUUCUCUACAAGUGGAUUUAUUGGUGUUAAGGGAACUGGCAAUGACAUUACACUUGUUACACCGGAUAGCAAGUGUGUUAUUGCGAGUGUCACUUCAGAUUCAUGUUUGGAGAUUGCGAGGAGCUUUGGGUGGAAGACGGAAACACGUUCGAUCAAAUACGAGGAAUUGCCCAGUUUCUCCGAAGUCCUCGCAGCCGGUACCGCAGCAGCUCUCGUACCCAUCAAAUCCAUUACCCGCAACUCCCGCUCCGAAACAUCCAAGUACAUUGCAGAGGAAUCGGACGAGCCAGGCCCAAUUUGCGUCAAGCUCCUCACCACAUUGAAAGGCAUCCAAGCAGGGAAGAUCAAGGAUACAUUCGGCUGGAACAGCAAGGUCGAGCAAGUGGAUAUCAAGAAGUACGCAAAGGGCGAGCAGACGAACGGUGCGAAUGGUCAGACUGUAGAUCAGUUACCAUAGAUUUAGAGCGGGGUGAAAAUGUAAAAACGUUGUGAUAUUUAUCGUAUCUCUGUAUUGCGUCUGGUCCGCCUCGGUGGUACUUGAUAGCGAGCGGUUGAGCCAGAUUUUCUCACCCAGCCCGACAACGUUUUGCAGCUCUCUCCUUGCAUACAAUCCUACAGAUUUUCAAAGCGGCAUUAUUGGCAACUCGAAAAUGAUAACGGCGAAC